GCCUUUUAUAUUCUCCACUCACGUCCCUCUUCUUAUGAAACCCUAAAUCCCCCUUUCAAUUGCCCCCAAAUUAUAGCAACAAAACAAAGCGAAUUGAGCCCCAUGGGUUCCAAAUCCAGGAACGAUAAUCCCUUCAGUGGCGAUGGAGCUAGCCCUGGGAAGAUUUUUAUCGGAGGAUUGGCCAAAGAUACUACCUUUCCUCAAUUUAAUAAGCACUUUGCAAAGUAUGGGGAGAUAAUUGAUUCGGUAAUUAUGAAAGAUAGAUACACUGGUCAGCCUCGCGGUUUUGGAUUUAUUACAUAUGCUGAUCCUUCUGUUGUUGAUAAGGUCAUUGAGGAGGACCAUAUCAUCAAUGGAAAACAGGUUGAGAUAAAGAGGACAAUUCCUAAAGGCUCUAGUCAAUCAAAGGAUUUUAAGACGAAAAAGAUAUUUGUCGGUGGUAUACCAUCCGCAGUCACAGAAGAUGAAUUUAGGAGUUUCUUCUCCAAUUAUGGGAAAGUGAUGGAGCACCAGAUUAUUCGCGAUCAUGCAACCAAUAGGUCUCGUGGAUUUGGCUUUAUAAUUUUUGACAGUGAAGAAGUUGUAGAUGAUAUGUUAUCAAAAGGAAAUAUGAUUGAUAUGGCGGGUACCCAGGUGGAGAUCAAGAAAGCUGAACCAAAGAAAGCCUCAAACCCACCACCUGCUCCCGCAUAUGGUAGUAACUCUAGGGGCCGUUCUUAUGAUGAUGGCUUUGGUGGGUAUGGUGGUUCAUAUGGGGGUUUUGAUGGAGGGUUUGGUCCAGGUCCCUAUAGGACACCUGGGAGUCUUGGUGCUGGUUAUGGAUAUGGUAGUGGUGGUGGUGAAUUUGGAGUUUAUGGGGGGUUUGGAGGCAGUAGUUUAGGAGGCUACCGGGGUGAAUCUUCCCUUGGUUAUUCUAGCCGCUUUGGACACUAUGUUGGUGGUUUUGCUGGGGGUUAUGGUGGAAGCAGUGUAGGUGGCUAUGGCCGAGGAGGUGAUGGUUAUGGCCGUUAUGCAGGUUCAGGCUAUGGUGGUGGUUAUGACUCUGGUCCUGGUGCUAGUUAUGGUGGAGCAGGUGGGCUCUAUGGCAGGGGAGGCUAUAGUAGCAGUAGUCGAUACCAUCCAUAUGCAAGAUAGAAUGCAGGCAUUGUGAUGCAGUUGCUUAAUAUUUGCCAUAGAAGUUCCAUACAGUUUCCUUUAGAUCUGCGUUGUGAAUCAUUAGGCACUUUCUCACAAGUACUAGAAGUCUUCUAAUUGUAGCACGUGGGGAAGGCUUUCAAGAUCAGGGGAGAUAUUUUGUUAGACUAUUGUUCUAUUGUAUGAUUUAGAAAGCACUUCAUAUUAGUGCUUGAUUGCUUUGUUCUAGUCUAUUUUAAUUUGGUUUGUUAUGUAGACUAUAGCAACCUUUUUGGAGAUUGUUAGUUAGACAUAUUUCCCCUUAUUUCUGUUUUAGCUUCUUAUCUUCUUUAGAUCGGUCUUUCUUUUUCUAGUAAUCAUUUAGAUUGCUUCAAAUGUUGACUCAUCAGGGACAAUGCUGUCUAGGCAAAUGAGCUAGAUUUGCAAUUGUAGAUGAUAUAAUAUUUAAGUUAGUUUGAUAUUCAGUUACUUAAAUUACUGUUAGGAUUAAAAUAGGGAAUGCUUGGAAAGUGUUAGGAACUGUUGGGACUUGGAUGGAUUUUUGUCACCGUAUUCCAAAUGUUCUUCUGAGGUACCUUUAGGAGGAACACUUCUUGCCAGCUUUGACAUGUUUGUUCCCUCCUGGUGGUUUGCUGUCUCUUGGGUGUACAUUGUACUCUUAAUCGCUUCCGUUGCAGUUGGCAAUUUAGUUUUAUAAUUCUUCUCAAGUUGUUACUUUGGUGAAAGCAUGGUACCUGUGGCGAAUGGCUGAAUACGUAAAACUUUUCUCUUGUACUUGAUGAGGCUGCGAGCUUGUUGGAACAUAUCUUCUCUUUUUCCUUUAAAUUUUGUUGUACCCUUGACAUUCCUUAUUUAAUGAAAUCUGUUGCCAUCCCAUUGUGAAAUAA